GCAAGAAUUAGUCGCCCUUCAUUUUCUGUUAACUGUAUCAAAAUCUAUAUUGGAUAUUCCAUCUGAAUUUCUAGGUCCCAUUGUUUGAUUAGGGGAUUUCGGGUUUAGGGUCCCAAUCCUUUUUUGUUAUUCAAUUCAACUUCCUAGGCCUUCAAUAUUGGAAGUUUGAGAAUUUGCCAUUUUCACAUGUUUGUUGUGCUCUGAUGAUCUUCUAGGUUUCUCUUUUGUUGCUUUCAGUGCUGGUUUUCUCUUAAUGUUUGUUCUCCGUUGAUUUCGCCUUGUUGGGAGAAUCCCACUACAUCAUUGGGUGCUUGUUUGUAUUUAUCUCCCUUUGCAACAUUUAUGAAACAAACAAGGCAUCUGGGUUUCUUGACACACAUGCUGCUUGGCCCGCAAGAUGGACAACAUUGUGGAUUCUCUAAACAACGCAUACCAAGAGUUUGUCGUUGCUGCAGCUAAUGUGCUCGAGGCCAAGGAAACUUCUGGCGGCCAAAAAACAACAGCUACGGAUACUGCUCUAGAGAGCUUUAAGCAGAAGUGGGAACUUUUCAGAGUGACUUGUGAUCAAGCAGAGGAGUUUGUGGAGUCUGUGAAGCAACGGAUUGGCUCAGAGUGUCUGGUGGAUGAGGCAACCGGCCCUGUGGUAGGGAAGUCUGGGCAGACUACGACAACUGGUCUCCCGCCAAUCAGUGCAGUUCGAUUGGAACAGAUGAGUAAAGCUGUUCGUUGGCUUGUCAUAGAACUUCAACAUGGUUCUGGAACAGCUGCUGGUUCAGCGCACACUCAUCAAUCAGCUCCCUUCGAUGCUAGAUUCUCUGAAGAUUCAGCUCCAUAGAUAUCAUCUUUGGAACACCAGGUCAAUAAGACGGUAUAUGCAACCUGAGGAAUGUUAAACAUGCUGUCUGCAGUUUAAAGACUGUAGGAUUCUGCUGUGUUUGGGUGAUAUCAGUCGUACGAGGUUCCAUAUUAUUUCUGCUUCAGCAGUUGCGCUUUUGUGGGAAGCAAUAUGCAAAUCAUUUGUGGUUCCUGUGUAAUCUGUCACUGCCCAUAGUAUUGUUGCCUAAUGUACGCUUACACCUACAAUAGACUAUUUCUAGGAGACUUUUAACUUGUAAACAGCUGAUCAACAGCCAAGAGCCAAGAGCAGUGCUUUUGUUGAAGUCAUGUAUUUACUGCUUUUUCUUUGUAAUUGUAGGAAUGAUGCUAAUCUCAAUAAGUCCAUCUUGAAAAACAGAAAAAAUGCAUUAUGAAUUCAUGAUCAA